AUGGAUUACAGCAUGGAAGACACCCAGAACUCAGCGCCCGACGCACUGGAGCAAUCCAAGCUCAACGCCACCGGCCAAAGAAGCGACACGCAAAGCGUGACCAAGCGCCUCCAAGCCGAACUGAUGCAGCUCAUGCUCUCCCCAUCCCCCGGCAUCUCCGCCUUCCCGGACGCAGACGGCAACCUCCUUUCGUGGACAGCAACAAUCACCGGCCCAACCGAGACACCCUACGAAGGCCUGACCCUCAAGCUCUCCUUCGCUUUCCCUAACAACUACCCCUACUCGCCCCCCACCGUUCUCUUCAAGACCCCAAUCUACCACCCCAACUUCGACUUUUCGGGACGUAUCUGUCUCGAUAUCCUCAAGGAUAAGUGGAGUGCCGUCUACAAUGUCCAGAGCGUACUGCUUAGCUUGCAGAGUCUCCUUGGUGAACCGAACAACGCGAGCCCCUUGAACGCCCAAGCCGCCGAACUCUGGGACUCAAACCAGGAAGAAUUCAAGCGCCACGUCCUGGCCCGCCACCGCGAUCUUGACGAUUAG